CAAUAGUUCAACAGGACAGAGGUCAAGAAGCUCCCGAUGUUUAGGAUUAUUGGUUGAUUUUUCUUACAUAAUAAUAUGAAGCAAACUUUAUCCAUUUCUUAUUGUUCGAUUUAUUGAAUAUCGUCCUUCACAGAAUAUUGUAUAUAGUCAUCCCCACAAAUCCAACCACAAUAGUGUGGAACAUUUUGGGGGGGAAUGAGUGGAAUAAGGGGUAGGUAGGUGUAGGAGAGGGAGGGGGAAGUCUGUGUAAUUCAGCAAUAUUUGGAUGAUUCUGUGUGUGGUGCCAAUAAAUGUACCAAUCCACAGAUGGCGACUGAUGGAUCACGAUGUGGGGAUGUUGGGCAUUUCGAGGGAGAAAAAUCAGCGCGAUGCGGGCAAAUCUGUGUGCUCUGGGGUGAAGUGCGCAAGUGUUGCCAUGAGAUUGGGUCUCCCCUUUGGCACAGAGGAUGGUCCACGGGUGGGAUGUAUGAGAGAAUUGACUCCAGAGACAAAUCAGAUGUUCACUUGAGCACCACGAAUUUCACAGAAAACUUGUGCGGGUCACAAAAAAAUUUUCGGUCGUCUGUUGAGGAAUUUUUAAGGGUUCCUCCUUUGCUGGUGCUACGUGUUAGAAGAGAGAAAAAAAAGUAAAUUUUGUCUGUGUUUUGUGGGGGUGCACGGGGUAAUGUGUGAUUGUUGAUUUUUUUUUUCUAUUUUACAUCACAACCCCCUUAAGUUGGAGAAGUGAAAGUGAAAUUAAAUGUGAUUUAAUUGGGUUUAGAUUUAGAAAAUUGAAUUAGUUUCCACCCUCAUUUCACUUUGGAAGAAGAAGGAUUUAAAUCUUCCACACCGCCACGACCUUGUUCUACAUUUUACACCCAUAUAGCAAUCGUGUGUCACCUCAUUAUAAACUUAUAGUACCCCAUUGUUCCAGCAUCCUCCACAUACACAAGUCGUUUGCCUUUUUUUUUCCUCUCUCUCUCUUUAACUCCCCCCAAACUCUGCGAAAUUCCACCCACAUCAGACCUCCUCGCUUUUUGCCAGCACAUCAGUCACUUUUGGGGUGUUGAGGGGUUGGAGAAGGGAGUUUGAGAGUGAGAGAGUGGAAAAAAAAAGUGGGUGGUCGUUGGUGGUUUAUUUACUUGAGAAAUAUCCAGAUUAAACGAACUGCGAAAGAGAGGCACAAAAAAAUCCAUAUAGAUGCUCAUAAAGGCGCAUAGUUUGAGGCAGUUUAUCUGCUCACAACUCAGCUCUGUCAAUUCCAAACGACUCCCCUAAACGCGGGGGUUCUCCUUGGCACGGGGGCACACACACACUCCUUGUGGAAGCCUUGUGCGUGAAGGGUGGCAUUAACCAGAGGAAAAUGCUCCGAUACAUCCUUUUCCUGCUCUACUUCACAAAAUCCAGCUAUGCAUUCAAGGAAAUGGCUGCCAGUCGCCUGGAGAACGUAACGCAGACCAUUUCACGAUUGCUGGAAGGAUAUGACAUUCGGUUGAGGCCCAACUUUGGUGGGGAACCCCUAUUUGUUGGCAUGGAUCUCACAAUUGCCAGCUUCGAUGCUAUCUCCGAAGUUAACAUGGAUUACACCAUAACGAUGUAUUUAAAUCAAUACUGGCGCGACGAGAGGUUGGCAUUCAAUGCGUUCGCUCCGCUCGAUAGCAAGGACAACAGAGGGGUUAACGACGCCCUAACACUAUCCGGGGAUUUUGCGGAGAAAAUCUGGGUACCGGACACAUUCUUUGCAAAUGACAAAAACAGCUUCCUGCACGACGUGACGGAGAGGAAUAAAUUGGUACGACUAGCUGGUGAUGGUGCUGUGACCUAUGGCAUGAGAUUCACAACGACACUCGCCUGUAUGAUGGAUUUGCACUACUAUCCCCUCGAUUCGCAAAACUGCACCGUUGAAAUCGAAAGUUAUGGCUACACCGUGAUGGAUGUUGUGAUGUACUGGAAACCCACCCCGGUACGUGGGGUUGAAGAGGCAGAAUUGCCACAAUUCACAAUAAUUGGGUACGAGACGAAUGAUCGCAAGGAAGAGCUGGCCACAGGGAUCUACCAGAGGCUCUCGCUAUCCUUCAAGCUACAACGGAAUAUUGGAUACUUUGUCUUUCAAACCUACCUACCCAGUAUCCUCAUUGUGAUGCUCUCGUGGGUUUCAUUUUGGAUUAAUCACGAAGCCACGAGUGCAAGGGUGGCCCUGGGCAUAACCACCGUGCUCACGAUGACCACCAUUAGUACCGGAGUGAGGAGUUCACUGCCACGCAUUUCCUACGUCAAGGCAAUUGACAUUUACUUAGUCAUGUGCUUUGUGUUCGUCUUUGCCGCCCUCCUUGAGUACGCAGCAGUCAAUUACACUUACUGGGGUGCCAGAGCCAAGAAGAAGAGCAAAAAGACCAAAGAAGCCGAGCAGAAAGUCACAUCAUCAGGAAAAUCCCCAAAAGCAGAGACCACGUCGUGCUCCACGGAGGACAUUAUUGAGCUGCAGGAUGUACGGAUGAGUCCGAUUGCUUCGCUGCGCAAUCGACAUAAUUCCAAUUUGGGCUGGGCCGUGGGCUCAGACUCUGUGGAUAUUGCAAAGUUCCCACCGAGCUUCCGGAUUGCUCGCUCCUACGGCUCAAGCAGAAGUGGCCUCAGAUAUCGUGGUAACCGAGGUCCAGCUCAGAACCGUCCCAAAAUGCUCCACGCCAUCCGUCGGGGUGCUUCUGUGCUCAAAGUCACCCUGCCUAAAAUCAAAGACGUCAACAUCAUCGACAAGUACUCAAGGGUGGUUUUCCCAGUGAGCUUUCUGGCCUUCAAUGCGGGCUAUUGGAUCUUCUACGUGCUGGAAUGAUAAGAGGGGCACAAAGUGUUUUGUGGGCGUGGGGGAGGCCAAUUGUGUGGGAUUGAUUGUGAGGAAGUAAUCUCACUUUCACCACCCCCAAACACCUCCCCCCACACCGCCCAUCCCACCACGAGGGUUCAAAGCAAUUUUGGGGUGCACGCACGGAGUUUGGGGUUUAUUGAGAAGGAAUCAAAUAUAGACAAAAAGUUUUGAGCGUU